AUGUCUCCCGUCAAAAGCCGGCUGUUGGCCCAAUUCGCCGCAGCUGAGCUGGGGGCUUCGGAUGCUCACAGCAUCAGAUCACCAAAUAACACGGAAAGUGAGCUUUCCAGUCGCACACCGUCUUCGGUGGCUGCUUCACCUGAGUCGGAUCCGCUUUAUAUCCUUGAUCCUUCGGCGCAUCAGCGCGAUGGACGUCUUGCAUCUGAUCUCCAUCUGCACGACCUGGAACUUAUGCAUCACUACUCCACCGUCAGCUACAAGACGAUUUCAGAGCGGGAGGCCUUUUCCGCUCCUUUUCAGACCGUGGUGCCCAAGAUAGCACUUACCCAUCCUUUCCUCAUGCACGGUCUCCUAGCUCUGUCGGCGCUCCAUCUAAUCCAUCUGAAUAAAGGCAGCGAACGAUGCAAAGACUACGUGGAGCUUGCCACGAGCCAUCAGACCCUGGCACUGGCGUUGUUCCGGAAGGAACUGAAUAAUAUCAAUCCCUCGAACUGUCAGGCUCUGUUCGCGUUCUCCAGCAUUGCGACUGUUCUAGCAUUUGGAUUCGCUCAGUCGACCGGCGUGCAAUCCUUACCACCCAUUGAUGAGAUGCUGCAGAUCUUCAACUUAUGCCGCGGAAUCCACGGGAUUCUGGAGACUGCACGGGAAUGGAUCAAGAAUAGCUGGGUGUCGGAUCUCCUGGCCUUCGGACGAUCGGCCGAACCCGGGUCUAUCCCUCCAGACGUGCGCGAUAAAAUCGCUGCGGUAUCCAAGCUCAACGCGGACUUGGGGCGAACAGGCUUCUCGGUCGAUGAGCAGGCCGUCUGCGAAGAUGCCAUCUCCGAGUUAACCGUCUCAUUCGAGAAGAUCUACUCUGGCAUCGACGCCGUCACGGUUUUCAGGUGGCCCAUUUUCCUGAAGCCGUUGUAUAUCUCCCUCUUGCGGGACCGGAGGCCGAUGGCAAUUGUCAUUUUGGCACACUACUGCAUUCUCUUGCAUAUGCUCGACAAUCGCUGGUGGCUGAAAGGCUGGACUCGCCAGUUACUCCAUUCGAUCUAUAGUCUACUUGACUCGUCGUGGCGCGAGGCUAUUCAAUGGCCCAUAGAAGCGAUUGGAUUGUUUGCGAUUUUGGUAUCCAUUAUUGCCAGUCAACUGGCGUAG